CAAAGUAACACCAUCCUUUAAACCAUCUGCAACAUUGCCAGAAACCUUUCUCCCUGUCUUGCUUUCAACGAAGGCCAAAGCCUCCCUUUCUAAUGCUGGAUCAAAUUUUGCAUCUUUCUAAAGAUAUUGAACAAUAAAAGUGACCGAAAUCAAUAUAUUUAUAAAACCAUAUAUGGUCAGAAGGUCAUAUAGUCAUGAAUAUCACCCGCCGCUGUUUGCCGCUACCAUGGAACAUUAAAAUACAAAUAUUCUUUAGUUUUCUCCAACAAUUCAUUGGUUUCCUGUCGCAAAUAUGUCUGUAUCUUUAAAUAUGGAUAAUCCUUGUGAAACACAGAAUCAGCAAGGACAAAAACAGUUGGCUGUGAAUAUGAAUGACCCUACUGAACAAGACAAAAUUAUGGAAAUAAAAAUAACUGAACAGCAAAACCCCAGGGAGCCACAGCUGGAAAAUUCAUCUAAAAGCAUUCAUGAACUACAAACAUUAUUGAAUCGGAUCAUUGUGAAACAUAGUCCUCACUCGCUGACCUUAUGGAAAAAGCAUAAAAAGAUCAUCUUAACAUUUCUCCUGCUUAUUGCCCUUAGUAUUUAUUGCCUUAUUGGUAUAUCGUUAGCAGGUUUUGAAAAAGCUAAAGAUCUUUUUAUCGUUCUGGUUGUGAGUGUCAUUAUUGUUAUUUAUGGCAUUAUACGAGAUACAUUUGGCAAACAGGUGGCAACUUUAGUGAUAGAGCCAGUGAAAGAAAAGAUUGAAGAACAUUGGAGAAUUUUGCGUUGGUUCCUGUAUGGCACAUUGGUACUGCUAAUUUUCCUCUGGUUGUUGCUUGAUACAAUCAAAGAUGUGAAAAGACUACAAUCUGUUGCAGGAUUGAUUGUAUUCAUCAUUUUAGCUUAUCUUAUUUCAACUGACAAAAAAAAGGUAACAUGGCGGCCUGUUCUUUGGGGUUUGGUUCUGCAGUUCAUUUUUGGUAUUCUCAUACUGAGAACCAAGGAAGGAUACAAUGCUAUGAAUUACAUAGGAGAGAAAGUGACAAGAUUUCUUGAUUAUACUGUAGCAGGCAUUGUUUUUGUAUUUGGGGAAUCCUACUAUCUUCAUUUUGUAGCAUUUAAGGUUUUAAUGGUUGUGAUAUUUGUGAGCUCUGUGACAUCAGUGUUGUACUAUAUUGGUGUUAUGGAAGUGAUCAUUGUGAAGCUCGCAUGGCUUAUGCAAAUUACUUUGAAAGUGUCUGGGGUAGAGGCAUUGUGUGCUGCUGCUAAUGUGUUUGUAGGCCUGAUUGAAGCGCCUCUUUUAAUUGGCCCCUUCGUGAAAGAUGUAACAAUGUCAGAAUUACAUUCCAUAAUGACCAGUGGUCUGGCGACCAUAGCUGGUGGAAUGCUAGCUGCUUAUGUUAGUCUGGGUGUUGAUGCACAACAUGUGUUGUCAGCGUCAGUCAUGUCUGCACCAGCAGCCCUGGCUAUAUCCAAGUUAAUGUACCCAGAAACGGAAGUCCCCACUACCUCUGGUCUCAACGCUAUACAGUUUCAGAAAAGAAACGAGAAAAAUGUCAUAGAAGCAGCCGCGAAAGGAGCCUCGGCUGCAAUUGGCCUUGUGGCAAAUAUUGGCGCAAAUCUCAUUGCGUUUUUUGCGUUUCUUUCAUUCAUCAAUGCGAUACUAUCGUAUCUUGGUAGUUUGGUUUUAUAUCCCGAACUCUCGUUUGAGUUGAUUUGCUCAUAUGUCUUUGCACCAUUUGCUUUCCUGAUGGGCGUGCAGUGGUCUGAUUGUACGAAAGUAGCAGAGUUAAUAGGUGUGAAAACGUUUCUCAACGAGUUCUUGGCAUUCGGACAACUGUCAGUGUUAAUUAAGAAUAGAAAAAGUAUGUCACCUGGACCAGUUUUAUCGCUUCGAUCGGAAACGAUCGCGGUAUAUGUACUGACAGGAUUCACCAACUUCUUAUCUGUCGGUAUUUUUCUUGGUGGUUAUGGUCAGUUAGCACCAAAUCGUAAAACAGACAUGGCAAGGAUUGCAAUACGAGGUUUGAUAGCCGCGACGUUAGCAUGUAUGAUCACUGCUUGUGUUGCAGGCAUUUUAUAUCAAGAGAAUUGGGAUGAAUCAUCAAAGUUUAACCCCACUGUAGCGACGUAGCAGGAGUUUCUUUGUGGUUCAAGUGACGGAAACAAAAGAAUAGUCUAAUCAUAUCCUUGAAAACAUUUUUUGACUAUAGAAGGUUGGAUAUUCAGUGAAUAUUUUUAGUACUUUU